CACUUAUAAACCAUUUUAAAAUGUCUGCCGUACAUAUGCAGUCGAUGGGAUAUGACUCUGGCCAUGUGUCUAGACGACCUGAGUUGCACGUAGUGGCUGACUUGAAUGAAUCUCAAGAUGACAUAUCCCUUAUCUCUAAGCUUAAGAAACUUACUAAACGAAUAGAACGUGCUAUAUCGUCAAAAAAAGACCUUACAAAGGAUAAAUACCAAAAAUACUACAAUAAAUGCAAACAAAUCAGCUGUACAUUAGAACAAAAUGCUGUGAAAGCAUUGGAUUCUGGAAAGGAAUUACUAUUUGAGGAAAUAGCCGAUGCAGUACAUGACGCAUCUGCAGCAUUAAACGACUUCGAUGAAACACUAGCACAGGGUAUACAAGAUGAUCAAUACGAAGCAAAGGUACAUAAUGAAGGUACCAUAAACUCUCGGAAGGAAUCAAGAGAUCUAGAUGAUUCGUGGGCUGCCUUUCCCGAAGAUCCUGUCCCGGUGGUGCAAAAGCCACAUGUACCAAAAUAUGAAAAUAUAUGGCCAGAGGAACGUAAUGACGAACACAUGGAAAACGAUGAUUAUACACCAUACUACCGUGGAAAUGAAUCGGAGCCUCCAAUGGUCGUACUUCCAAAGAACUCGAAUGUAGUGCAAUGCCAUCCUGCCGAUAGUGUAAAACACAAUACUAAAGAAAAUUCGUAUAGAUCGUCCUUCGAACAAAGUAGAAACCACAGCAUAGAGAUACAUAGAGACAGGCAUGAAGAGCUGCCACGAAAACAACAUGGAAACCAUAGAACCCAUGCAGAUGAUAAAAGUUUGCCCAAUGGAAUAAGAAGUCAUGAAAGAAGUACAUCAGUCUAUGAAAGCAGACGGCAUUCAUAUGAUAGAAUCCAUGUGGUAGAUAAUGGAGAACACCAAGAAUAUGAAAAACAACGCACCACAUGUGAAAAUGAUAUAGAUGUGGUAUCGCGUAAUGAAUAUAGGAACCACGAAUCAAUAGAUAGAAAUAAGGAAAUAACUACUGCGAGAUCUAGACGUAGUGAUACGUCGAAAGUCGAUGACGAGUUCGAGAAACAAUUGUAUGGGAUUACUAUUAGAAACCAAAGACAACCACUAGCAAAUGAGCGUGAUGUACAAAUACCCACACUACAAACAAGUUCACAACCAUUAUUCCAUCCCAACUCUACAAAUGACGUGACAUCCCACAUGAAUUGUGAAAGCUACCCCGGGUAUAUACAGGAAAUGGCAAAACAAUGCCCAAAAACAAUCACUAGGGAAACAGAAUAUGCAACCUACAUUGAAUUGUUGGAGAAAUGCCUAUCAAUUACAGAUGGUAAUGAAUUAAUAGAUAAACUUAAAGACCUUAGUCUUAAAGAAAAGAUCGCAAUGUGCAACCAUAUUAUCGAUAAAAACCGUGGAUCUAGAACAAAAACAAUAGGGCCUGUAAGUCCCAGCAUAACCACGGAAAUAAAACCCCGGUUACAAAGACCAGCAUUACCCACACUGUCACAAAAAGGGGAAGCGCCACCAAGCAAUGAAAAAAUAGAUCCAGAACCUUUGUGGCGUGUCAAAGAUGAUGGUGGUGUUUCUACAUACCUAGGUAAAUUUAUGAUAAAAGGUGAUACGCUCUUCGUCGGAAUACACUUUACAGCGUAUUUUACAAUGCGUUACUUUCAAGAUUCAGAAAUCAUAGAAGCUUGCGUAGAUGUUAAAAGAAAUAUACACAAUUUGGACAUGUAUAUCGACCUUUUAAUGCCCGAAAAUGAUGUCUACAACAUACUCACACGAACAUCAGUAACUAUCAUAUUUAGCUGCAAUCCUCAGCAAUUAUCUCACGUUAUGCCUACUUUACGGGUUAGUCUUAUUGAAUCAGAUGGUACCAUGAGAGAGAUAUUCAUCAAACUACCAAUUGGACCUUUCAACUUUCUACAACCAGCAAAAAUAUCAAACAAACAAUUGGAACGAAUCAUGGAUAAUAAUGGACCUAUAGAUUUCUACACCGUUAAAAGGACAUUUUUACCUAAAGGACAAUUUCAACUAUAUGAUCUACUCUCCGUUCUCUCAAGGUACUUUGCAAUAACCAAGACCAACGUCAAACAAACACUAUCUGCUAUUGGUAUGAACCGUGAAGUGUUAGUAGCAGCGCUACGAACCAAUGGUAACACUAUAACCCUAGAGAUGUGGAGCCCAAAUGAGAAAACACUUGCAAGCGCUUCUCAUUGUAUCAAAGAAAUCGCAGCGGCAUUGACUACAGAAUGUGACGCCAAAAAUAGCAACCGUGCACUGCGUACAAUGAGUUCAUUCCCUCUGGAAUUCAAAAAUACAUUAUAGAAGCAUAUGUUCACCAGCAAAAGAA